AGUUACCAAGAAACAAUACGGCUCCACUUUUAUUCCUCUGUGGUCACAAUAAACGUAACAACGGACAGGCAGAGAGGAUCGGGGAGUGCUUCUCGAUGCUCCGGAGGAAGGGACGAACCCCCUCGUCCAGACGCCGCUAGCGUAGGCCCUGCAGCCACUCGCAGAUGGGUACCUCCAAGCAGCAUUAAACGAGAUGCAGUCUCCCCAGAAGAAAAAAAUGACCAAGUUUUUCGAAGAGUUCGAGGCAUUCUUAACAAGCUUACACCAGAGAAGUUCCACAAGCUGAGUGAAGAACUCCUCAGCGUUGGACUUGAUUCAACUCAAAUUCUUAAAGGCGUAAUAUUACUGAUAUUUGAUAAAGCUCUCGAUGAACCGAAGUACAGUUCUAUGUAUGCUUUGCUAUGUAGGAAAUUGUGUGAAGAAGCUCCAAACUUUGAUCCCCCUUCAAGCAACACUGGUAGCCAUAAUAACAAUACAUUCCGUCGCCUUUUAUUAGCUAAGUGCCAGGACGAAUUUGAAAAUCGAAAGAAAACCAGUGACGCCUUUGACAAGAAAGAUGGCGUUCUCAGUCCAGAAGAGGAAGAACAGCGUGGAAUUGCAAAACAUAAAAUGUUGGGAAACAUUAAAUUUAUCGGUGAGUUGGGGAAGCAGGGUUUAUUGCACGAAGCAAUCCUGCAUCAGUGUGUGCAACAACUCUUGGCCAAAAAGAAAAGGCAGACUAUUAAAGACGUGGCCGAAGACCUGGAGUGCCUCUGUCAGAUAAUGAAAACUGUAGGACAUAGACUUGAUACUGAAAAAGCAAAAGCACUGAUGGAUCAGUACUUUGAAAGAAUGCAAAUAUUUGCCAGUAAUUUUGAACUGCCUUCUCGCAUUCGCUUCAUGUUGCAGGAUGUUCUGGAGCUUCGACAGAACAGGUGGGUGCCACGGAGAGUUCUUUCUGAUCAUGGACCCAAAACUAUCCAACAAGUGAGAGAUGAUGCAGCUCGAGACUUUGGAGUCUAUAUGCAUUAUUCUGUUCCUGCACGUAACAUGUCUCUUGCUUCCAGUGGUAUUCUUGGCAUGGGAAAACUGCGCAGUGGAUUGGAUGACGUUUUCAGUUCCAUUCCGAUUGGUGUUGGUUCUCUUGGGACUGGACCUGGUGUUAUUUCUACUGAUACAUUUCCUGCUUACUCUAGUAACAUGGGUCGUCCUGCCAGAGGUGGCCUUGGAGGAUCUGGUUUCCUAACUGGUGGUUCAUCUCAACCAUAUUUUAACAGUAAUCGCAAUAAACAAUUUCCCAAUCGUGACCGUGAUCAUGAUCUUUUUCCUGCUUAUCAACAACCAAGACAACAAAAUCAAAGUCAGAGCCAACUAGGGUUCAGUGGAACUCCCUCAAAUCGAGAUCUGCCUCCUCGAUUUCUGAAGAAAGCUCUUCAACCACAUUCUAGUACUGAUGAAAUAAGUUUACGUCCAGCACAAAAUUCCAUGAUGGUGAAGAAUAAACAAACUUCAUUUACUAAGUCUAGUUCACCUAUCACUGCCAUUAGUGGAACAAAUAAUUCUCUACUGCGGGAAAGUUCUCCCAUCAUUCCAACUGUUCCACCUAAUCCGGUUCUGCAGAAAGAACCUCCUGUUAUUGUGAAACAAGUUACACAAGACAAAAACAAAGCUAACAAACAAGUACCAUCUAAAGAAGAAGUAAUGAAAAAAAGUGAGGACCUGUUGACAGAAUUUAUAAAAACUCAGAAUGUAGAUACUGCUGUCAAAGCUUUCAAAGAUAUUAAGAUGCCUAAAAAGUAUGUGAGUGAAGUUUUAUUGAUGAUGAUGAAGUUGACGAUUGAGAAAAAUGAGAGCGAUCGUGAACUCUUGAGUCAACUUCUUAGUGAACUAAAAAAAGAGGGAUUACUAAAUGGAUAUCAAGUAAUGGAGGCAUUGAAAAGUAUUUUUCAACAAAUUUCUGAACUGGAAGUUGAAAUCCCUCGUGUAAAAUCACACGUAGCAGGUUUUGCAGCAAGGAGUAUUGCAAGUGACCUUGUUAGUCUUACUCAAGUUGCAGAACCACUAGAGUCAGGAGCCCACUAUCCUCUGUUUCUGCUUUGUUUACAACAGUUGCACAAAUCUCAAGGUCGAAACUGGUUGCAUUCUGCAUUUAAUCAAAGCAAGAUCAACUUACUCUCAAUGCUACCAGAAAUUGAUCGAACUAAGGAAAGAUUAGCAGAUAUCUUAGAGGACAGAGGAUUAAGUUUCUUAUUCCCAUUGCUCCGUAUACAAGCAGAUCUGUGGAAACAGCUCCAAACAGAUCCUAGUCCUACCUCUUUGUAUAGGUGGAUUAAAGAAACUAUUGAUGUCUCUCAACAUACUGUGCCAGGUUUUGUCAGUGCACUGGUGUCAUGCAUGAUUAAAUAUAUCACUCAAGAGACAACAUUAGCCGAUGGAUUAGAUCGUUCAAGUGUACCAGAUAAAAAUCUUUUGGAUAAAGAGAAAGAAAUGUUAGAAAAAUUCAAGCCGGUGUUUCAAGCUUUUCUGCAUGAGCAUCCAGAAUUGCAACUUGUAGCUUUGUAUGCCUUACAAGUUCAUUGCUACAAUUGUGGCUUUCCUAAAGGAAUGCUUUUGAGAUGGUUUAUGAUGUUUUAUGAUCAAGAAAUUAUCGAGGAAGAAGCUUUUCUCAAGUGGAAAGAGGAUGUUAAUGAUGACUAUCCAGGUAAAGGAAAGGCACUUUUUCAGGUGAACCAAUGGUUAACUUGGUUGGAAGAAGCAGAAGAAGAAGGUUCUGAAGAAGGUGAAAACUAAGAUUUUGUCUC